AACUGAACGCAUACGACUUCCAACCGUUGAGCGGCGUCGAUCUGCUUCUCUCUCUCUCCUCUUUAGGGCGCCUCCUCGACCAGCCUUUGGUGCUGCGGUCGAUUAGAGCUCUCGCGAUGGCCGAUCGGCCUCCCAAGCUGGCCGGCCACGGCGGCCAAAGAACCCUGGCCGACAUCGACGCCGACUCCCUCGCCCACUGCUUUGGCUUUUUGGGCAUCCGCGACGUUGCAAACCUCGCCAUGACCUGCAAGCCUCUCUGCCGCGUCGCCUGCUCUGACUCCGUCUGGAAUCGCCUCUUCAGGGAGCAGUGGCCACAUCUUUCUGUAUCGUCUGGUGCUCCUGGAGUCAGAGAACAAUAUUUGGCUAGGCAUAUGGCACUACAUCAACUGAAAUAUGAUGAUCCAUCAGAAAUUUAUUUCAACACCACAUACUCCACACCAGCAAGCCACAUAUUGCUGGACAGAAAUGCCAUCCUUCUUGCACAGGGUUCUAGCAUACAAAGGUUUCAAGUUAAUUCAUCUGAAAUUCAAGACCAAGAAUUAUGGACAGCUCAUGGUGCAAGGAUUACAUGUAUGAGAUUGUUUCCUAUAGAAGAGACAUCCUUGUUCCGAAAUGUUAUGCAAUAUGAGGAUAAUGUUUUAGUCACUUCAAGCUCUGAUCGCACAAUUCGUCUGUGGUGGAAGGGUCGAUCACAACGUUGUUUUAGAGGCCAUAAUGGACCAGUUACUACCCUGGCUGAUACAUUGCUUGGGAAUAGUGGUUCUAAGGUUCUUGCGAGUGGUGGGGAAGAUUGCACUGUUCGCCUUUGGUCUGUUGGUGCAAGUGGCAAGCAACAUCCUUUACUAACAUAUCAUGGUCAUGAGAAACCUUUGUCAUUUGUGACAGUUGCUAGGCAUAGAACCUCUCUCCUGGUUAGCAUCUCUAGAGAUUCAAGAGUCAGAGUUUGGGACACAUCUGCAUCAUCAUCCUCCUCUAGUUUGUCAUCAUGUGUUGGGAUGACAUCAGUUUCUGGCUCACCUGUUGCUUUGAAAUGUUAUGAUACACUUUGCUAUGUUGCUGCUGGUGCAUCAGUUACAGCAAUCGAUUUGAGAACAAUGCGAAAAGCUUUCACUGUGGCGCUUCAUGGUCCUAAAUUGUACUCUUUUGAGAUGCUGCCUUCUAAAUGGCUAAUAUGUUCUGGUGGACAAGACAAGGCCUUGUUAUGGGACAUCAGAAAAAAUCAAGAAAACCCAGAGCCAGUGGCCGAGUUGGAACUAAACCAUAACAGAGUGACAUUUCUGCACAUGGAUCCUUACAAAGUUGUCGCAGGGGGUCCAUUCGGAUACAAAGUCAAUGUUUGGGAAACUAGUACAGGCUGCCUCGCAAAUUCCCUGGACUGUCGUGUACCGGGUGAAACCGAGGAACUAGCUGGCCUGUCAGCUAUGGCUGUGGACAGAUGCCGGAUCGUUACAGGGGGUUAUUUUGGAGUGCCAGGAUUUGUGUAUUACAGAGACUUCUUUAACUGUUAUGUUCCUUCAUCCCUUGUAGAUGACAACUAUGGUUCUAAGUUUUGGGAAUCUGAUCUGCCAGGUGUGUGACCAAAAAGCUUGCUUGCUGAGUGUUGUGCUGUAGAUUCUGGUCUUUCAACAUUUCUUCUCAAGUUAUUAGCAGAACUAAUUCCCAUCUUUGAGUUUAAAAGUGGUUUGAUGGGAGUCA